AUGUAUUGGAUAUUUACCAAUCAGAGGAUAAACCGACAUGGCCUUAAAACUACGAAUCCUAAUGAUGCUGUACCGGAUGAAGGAAUGAGACAGCACAGAUCUGUUGACUCCGGGGGGAGGGAAUCUCUUGCGAGAGUACGUUCCUCUCCCGCCGGCCUUACAGAUGGAGUGGCGGAUAUCAUCGCCGCCAUUGAUAUCGGUACCACUUACUCAGGCUACAGUUUCGGUAUCGUUAGCGACUUGAACAAAGACAGGACGGCAAUGUUUGUCAAUAAAACAUGGAUUUCAGGCAACCCUCGGUUGAUCACCAUGAAGGCGCCCACAUCCGUCCUCUUCACACCGGAAAAACGAUUCCAUUCAUUUGGUUAUGAGGCGGAGUGGAAGUACAGUCAACUGUCAGCCGACAAGGUCAAUGGUGGAUGGUACUACUUCCGGCGAUUCAAGAUGUCGCUGCUGACCGAUGAAAACCUCAACUCGACCUCCAGUAUCCAGGAUGAUACAGGAAAACCUCUAAGGGCUGCAAUGAUCUUCGGCACUGUUAUAAAGACUCUUAAGUCUGCCUUGGUGGAGAACCUGGCUACAACCAUGAAAGGUUGUACGGUGCAAUGGGUUAUGGAUAACUUCGCCUUCCGCUGGGUCAUCACUCAUCCCGCAGAAUGGUCGGAGGAUGCCAAGCAGUUCCUCAGACUGGCCGCCAAGCAGGCUAGUUUACCGGAAGUUGUACUUGUACCGGAACCGGAAGCAGCAGCGAUGUACUGUCAGAUCAGCAGCCUGCAUCGUAUCAACACACGCAAUGGAGAAAUAAUCUGUAUUCAGAAGCAAGGUCUGCAUUACAUGGUGGUGGAUUUAGGAGGAGGAACUGUUGAUACGACCAUCCACGAGUUUGACGAGGAAAACAAGAUCAAUGAACUGCACACGACGUGUGGGGUGGUGUUUGGCGGUAUACGGGUAGAUGGAGCUUUCGUCGAGUUCAUGAUGAAAGUCGUCGGUUUCGAUGUGAUGGACAAAUUUGCUCAAAGUUUCCGUGGGGAUUUAUUGACACUUCACAAAGAAUUCGAGUCGAAAAAACGUGUGUUUGAUCCCACCUCACAAGAAUGUGUUUCAAUCAAAGUGCCUGCAAUACUACGGAGGAUCUAUGAAGUGAAUGCGAAGCAGCCCCUCCAACUCAAGGUGGACAACUCUGAGUUCGGAGACCUUGUGAAAAUGCAUGGGGAUAAUAUUAAUAUUGACCCCGAAAUCUUCGAUGGAUUUUUUAAAACUGCUGGUGAACAAAUUGUGACACAUGUGAUGAAAGUUCUUAGUUCUAAAAGAGGUAGGAACGUGAAGACAAUCGUUAUGGUCGGUGGAUUUGCUAAGGCUGCAAGCAUCCAAGCUCUAAUGCGAAGGAAGUUUCCGGAUAUGACUAUUCUUAUGCCGCAUGAACCGGAACUGGCCGUGCUGAAGGGCGCCGUGUUAUAUGGACACGAAUUCGCUCCUAUCAUAAAGAUGGAAGCGAAACAUUCAUACGGAAUUUCGAUAGCAUUACCGUUCCAUAGGCAUGAUCAUCAUGAGGACAAACGAUUCAAUGCACACGGCGUAGAUCUGUGUACAGAUAUAUACAGUGAACAGAUCGCAAAAGGACAGACUGUUCGUAUAGGGGAUUUCGUUACAAAAACCAGUUUGUAUGUGAAUAGAAAAGGCCAAAAGUGCCUGUCUCUUCCUAUGUUUCUACACACAGGUGACGUAUCUCCGUUGUACACCACAGAGGCAAACUGUCACUUUCUUGGUAAGAUGCAGAUUUCUCUCGCUUCAGAUCGAGAUAUAAAUGCCCCUAUCGUGGUACGAAUGGGAUUAACCUACUCGGAACUACUUGUGGAGGUGGUGGACGAGAGUAAUAGGCGGACAGUAAGAGAUACCUUCCUAGAUUCCCCAAUAGGGAACGGCGAAUAACUCUCUUUUGAUGUGAACGAUGUGAACCUGCAGGAAGAGUCAUGUGACAUUUGAGUGUAAAACAGUGGUGCACUUGCACCGAUUAUAAGUGCUUUAUGUCAAUAUCGUGGCCUUAUAUGUCUCAAUGGCGUGACUCUGGAGCUCCGGGUUCAUUACCAGUAAUGACCCGAAGAAACUUAUGAAACGACUGAGGAUUAAAGGCAAAAGGAAGUUUCCAACAAAGACUUCAGUUGACAAACUAAUCAAAUGGGACCCGAUGUUGUAAACUGUUUGAUGUACAUGUACAAUGGUAGAGAAUUAUAAAACAUCGCUCUUUUCAUGGCCAGCGUUGAUUGGAAAUGUGUCGGCAAGACAUAUUUAUCGAGGUAAUGUUGAUUCAUUUGCAACAGGUAAGGAAUCGAUGCUGAAGUGGCGUUAUACUGUCGCCGUCUUCUGGUCCUGUUUAAUAAGGAGGAAAUUGUCCAUGGCAGAAUAAUCGAAAUUACAUAUAGUGUCACGAGGUUACGUUGUAAAAGAGAUUUCCCUUUGUGAACUCUUACAAGGUCGACACGUGGUUAACCCGUAAAGAGCGUGCAUGAUGCCAUGUUACAACAUAUAGAGGCCAAUAUCCUGGUAUCUGACAAUCACUUAUCGAGGCCAAGAAUGAAUCCAGGCCAAUGAUUGCUAAGGAAUAGCAGUCUAAGAGACAUUAAAGCACAGAUAUACAGAUCUGGACUAUAAUUGAAAGUCAAUCAAUAGUCUUAUUCAUUUCUAGAAAGGUUUACAUUUGAUUAGGGCAAUCACAAGUUAAUUACAAUAGAGCAAUACUAUAUUCCAUUAAUUUAAACAUGUCAAUCAAAAUUUAAAAAAUAAGAAAGUAUUGCACUGAAAUUUGAUAAAAAAAAUUAUAUAAGGGAAAUAAUUUAAAUUCAAUCAUUCAAAAUAUUUACAGGUAACAGGUUCUGGAGUAUAUAAAUCAAAGAGGGUAUCUAUCUUAUCUUUAAUAUCGAAUUUGUGAUGAAAAAAAUCCCCAAAAAUAAACACGUGGUGAUGUUUCAGUAAUGUUAUAGUCACAUACCAAUAAAUAGAUUUCGAUACGCGCAAUAUAAUUCCCUGGAUACAGUUUAUAUAAGAGUGAUAAAAGACACUGCUGUCUGUAUAUCCAAGAUUUCCAAGAAUACAUACUUUAUUUCUGAAAAUACUGGAGCACAGGAACUACGGAAAUCACAAACAUUUGUAUUUUUGUGUAUUGGUGUAAUGCGGUUGUCCAGUGUGAUAUUCGUGGAGAAAAUUUCAAUUGUUUUUGUCGUCGAUAGCAGUGGAGCAUUCAUUCUACUUUUUUCCUGUCUGUCUAUUGAUACAGUUAAUAUUCAACUUAUAUAUUUAUUGCAUUUUUUGCCAGUGAAUAUAGAAAUUAAUCAAACUAAUAAAAAACUUGUUUUGCAUUGAAAAUAUAAGUUUUUCGUUUGUGACCAA